AUGGAUACAACACGAUCCCCACGCGCUCCUUGUCGCACUAGCGUUGAGCCAACCGGUCUCAAACUGCGGGAUAGCUGCAACCGCUGUGCCGCAUCGAAGAUCAAAUGCAGCAAGGAAAAGCCGACCUGUUCUCGCUGCUCAAAGCAAGGCAGGCCAUGUGAAUACUUUGCUACCAAACGUGCAGGCCGCAAGCCCGGUAGACGAGUAUCCUACCCCACCUCGCUGCCAGUGACCCGGGAUCAGGAUGUACCGACUACUAUACCAACGACCAUGGCAGCAUUGACAGCGAGCGCGACGACGAUGGCAGCGGCGGCAUCCAUUUGGACAACCGAUCUAUCGGAGCCGGAUAUGAUGCAACUGUCGCCAGUAUCACCGUCGGGGGGCUUUCCAGACAUUUUUUCGGGGCUUUCUUCCUUAGAAGAUUCAUUGGGAGAUCCGACGAUCUCGACUCCGGCCACCUUGGAUUUCAAUUUGACCAAUUUUUCCACCUCCGGCGUUGCAUAUUCGAUGAAUAAUCUCAUAGAAUCGUCCCAUUUUCGUCAUUCGUACGGAGCAAACAAUUUAUCCGAUUGGGGUCGGGCUACCACAAUGCCUCCACACUUGUCCUCCGUUGAUGCGGCCGUCGCUCCAAACGUUUCUCCGCCGCAAAAUCCGACAGACAUCCGACCUGUUUCGGUCGACGGGCUAAACUCGGGGCAGAUUUGCAGCUUUGCUCGUGCCCUGGCACUUCUCAAAGAUCCUCCCUCCCCCGCCUCCUUGUUAAACCAAGUGCCAGUUGAAAGCCAUGCCGGACUCCGCCCCGUACGGACCAUCCGAUCCGUCAUGACCGAGAACGAGCAGACGGUACAGGUGAUUAGCGAUAUCUUACAAGAGAGACCAACGGAAGAUGGGUGUCUACUGGCGGUACUAUCAGUCAUCAUUUUGAAAGUGCUGACUCGGUAUGCCGCGGUGUUGCGCCAAACACCCGGAUUUGAUGGCGACGGUUCCGAUCAGAAUUCCCCAGCCUCAGAGCAGAUGGAAUUGCUGGGAGACACCUCUUGCACUGAUAGCGAGGGUCAAAGCCGGAAAGUCGCGCAGCAGGUUCUUGGCCAGCUCCACCGCGUGCAGCAUGUGGUGAACAUCCUCUCCCAAUGCUUCCAAGCCGACGGCGGACGUGCGGAAGCCCGGAAUCUCCCCAGCCCAGGCGGCUCGGACAAUUCAUUGUACAUGGAGAGCUUGUUCCCUUUUCCUCAUUAUAUAUUAGAGCAGUUUGAGAACGAUUUACGCAAGCGUCUCCGUACCCUAUCGGCAGAUAUUGUGGGCAGGCUUCGCUAG